CUGGAAGGUCUGCGCCAUGCGAGGCGCGGUGUCGGUGUCGAUGUCGAUGUGAAGGCUGGACAGUUUGUGAAGAGCGCGCGCUGUGGUUCGACGAUGCGGCGAUGUCGAUGUGAAGACGAUGGCGGCGGUGUGAAGGACAUCGCCGGGCGCAGACGAUGUUCUUGCUAUCGAUUGGCCGAGGCUGGAGUGCUGACGGACGGGCAGACAUUUUGCAGGUCGCAGACAGGCAAGACCAUUGCCGACUCUCUCGACGGACACGCAGUUGGAGCGACCGCACGAGGUAAGCCAGCGAGACACGCCUACGUCACUCGCAGGGGCGGCGUCGAGAAACGUGGGGCGUGGGAACUCUCAAUGGGGAGAUGGCGGGGAUCCGGUGCAGCGGCGCAAUCUCGAUCUUAUCCUUGUCCCGAGGCGCCCGCGUGCCUCCGCCUGGCCCGGACGCUCGACUUGCCGCCUGCGUUUGCUCGCGUGGCCGGUCCCAUUGUUCCCUUUUUCUGGCCUUUUCGCCCGCCUUUUACCUUCCUGAGCGACGGCGUGCUCCUUUGCUUCGUCCUGUGCAUAUUCCCCUUUGCUGCUCGAUCCGACGCUCAGGUGAGAGGGCCCGCGUAGACAGAGACCAUGAUGCAUCAGAUGGCGCGGGCGAUCAGGCCGAUAUAGGCAUUUGAUUAUGUGUAACACGCAGUCGCUGCCGUCACAUCGCGACCUUGUAUAUUUCAGUUUCCG